AUGAUACUGCCAGCUGAUUCAGCAUCUUACUCGGAGGAUUGCCUAGAACUUGAUGUUUAUACUCCCGAUGUUAAUACAAAACUUCCAGUAAUGUUCUGGAUACAUCCCGGAGGUCUCAAUGGUGGGUCAGGUCAUGGUUUCAAUGGAACUGCUUUGAGUGUAUUUAACAAUGUAGUGGUUGUUGCUAUCAAUUUCAGGCUUGCUCAUCUAGGGUUUCUGAGUUCAGGGGACGGCCAAAUAACUGGUAAUAUGGGAUUCAAAGACCAAGUUGAAGCGCUAAAGUGGGUAAAACGUAAUAUUCAGGCUUUUGGUGGAGAUCCAGAUGCCGUAACUAUCUUUGGUGAUAGUGCAGGUUCAUGGAGUACUUCCUCACAUAUUGUGUCACCGAUGAGCAAAGGUCUAUUCAAGUAUGCUAUACUACAAAGUGGAUCUAUACUCAGUGAUAUAGUUGUCAAUGAAAAACCAGAAGACCAUUUUAACGAAGCAGCAAUUCUUUUAGGUUGCGUCAAUGGCUCCAAAUCAGAAAUAACUGAUUGUGUGAGACAGGCUUCUGUCGAAGAUAUUCAUCAAGUCAUUGUAAAAACAUCUGGCAACAUGAAGUACGAUCGGGUCACAGUUGAUGGAGAAUUUUUUCCUAAACACCCUAAGUAUCUUUAUGAAGAGGCAGAUUUUAGUGAUACCAAGAUAAUGGUUGGAACAACAGAACAUGAAAUGUACAUGUACCUUUCUCUCUGGUCUUUUGAUGGACAGUACAACUAUGGAACAUUUCUGGAAGAAAUAAAAUUUGCAAAUGAACUGUUUUGUCAAAAGGACACUGUUGCUGUUGAAAAGCUGAAUAAAAUUGCGAAGUUUUAUUUGGACAAGGAUAUAUCUGAGAUGGAUGAGAAAUCUUAUAGAGAAAAGGCCCUUGAGAUUACAACAGACUUUACUAUGGAGUUCCCUGUGCUUAAUUUGACAAACACAUUUGUAGAGAGAGGUGGUACAGCAUACCUUUAUAUAUACGCCCAUUCUCCUGGUCACAUGCAGACGAUCAGACCACGUGACUAUGGAUCGCAUUGUGAUGAUCUGCUUUUCUUAUUUGGCUUUGGGUUUGUAGACCCAAGCGAAUUAAAUGAGAGAGUUACUUAUUCAAAUGAUGAAAAGAUAUUUGCCCUGCAAUUGAUGAAGUAUUGGGCCAACUUUGCAAAGAAUGGUGAUCCGAACAGUGAAGAUUUGCCAAAGUGGCCAAAGUACAACUUAGAAAGUGAGGAGUUUGCCGUGCUUCAACCGCAGCCAUACGCGAGACAACUUUUCAGGAAGGAAAAGUUUCAAUUUUGGAAAGAAUUCAUGCAAGAAAUAGCAGAUAAGAGACAUGUGACUAAGAUUUCAAAAGACGAACUGUAAUGUGUGAGUCACAAAAAGAUACAAUACAUCACCCAUUCAAAAUGACACCUUUGAUAUCGCAGCUACAUUUUCCAUUUUUGAAAUAGCUUUGUUGAUACUAUUAAAAUCUUCUUUGUCACGCUUUAUGUCAUAAGGUAGUUGAAUCCUGGCAAAAUAUGGUUCUAUGCUAUAGCAAAGGAGCAAUGAUUUGACGAAUGUUCAGCUUUAGAUCAAAUAAAGUUCCUGAUAUCACACUUUUGAAAAAUAA